AUGGCCCUGCCAAGUGGCCGCUGUCUGUCACCCGCACCCCGCCGGACGUCCAUCUGCACCUGCACCGCCGUCGUCCUGGUCGCCAUCGUCCUGGUCGCCAUCGUCCUGGUCCCCCGCCCGGAUCGGAUGGGCGUCUCGGACCCGCGUUAG